AUGCGCACUAUAAUUUACGCAGCUCUUGCCAUCGCUGUUUUGACUCGAAGCAGCGUCGUCGCAUCGCUCUCGAUUCCCGCCGAGUCUCGACCUCAGUUCUUGCUGAAGGCAUCUCCUGACUCUGCGGCCAAAAGAUUCCUUCGGGUCGCUGUCAAGAGUCGACCCCUGGACGAAAACGAUGAGAUCGCGAAAUUCGUCAUCCAGAUAACUAACAAAAUCAGCAAGAGGUCGGAUGGUGAUAAAGACUUAAAGACAUUAAUCAAGCUGGCCAAGAAGGCGAUGUCGGCGAAACAAGAGAAAAAAAGCGGUAAAGCCCUCAUCUUCGUAGAUGAUCCAGUCGAGAAACCUCGGAGAGUGAAUACAGCUACCCAGAGGACGAAAAAAAAUAUGAUUUAA